AUGGGUGCUCCCAACGGCACUGCGCCUGUCAAUGGCCACGGCAGUCCCGAUACCGCCAAAUACAAUCUUCCCUCACAUUUCAUCGGUGGCAACCACCUGGACGUAGCGGCGCCCAGCUCCGUCAAGGACUUUGUUGCCAGCCAUGGCGGUCACUCCGUCAUCACAUCGGUCCUUAUCGCCAACAACGGUAUUGCCGCCGUCAAGGAGAUCCGAUCGGUGCGGAAAUGGGCCUACGAGACCUUCGGCAACGAGCGUGCCAUCCAAUUCACUGUGAUGGCCACUCCCGAGGACUUGCGGGCCAAUGCGGAUUACAUUCGUAUGGCUGACCAAUACGUCGAAGUUCCCGGCGGCACCAACAACAACAACUACGCCAACGUCGAGUUGAUCGUCGAUGUGGCCGAGCGCAUGGACGUGCACGCCGUCUGGGCCGGUUGGGGCCACGCGUCCGAGAACCCGCGCCUGCCCGAGUCGCUCGCGGCCUCGCCCAAGAAGAUUAUUUUCAUUGGACCCCCCGCGUCGGCCAUGCGGUCGCUGGGUGAUAAGAUCUCCUCCACGAUUGUCGCACAGCAUGCCGGAGUGCCAUGUAUCCCCUGGUCCGGUACCGGUGUCGAGGAAGUGACCGUGGACGACAAGGGAAUCGUCACGGUCGAGGAUGAGGUCUACAACCGGGGCUGCACCCACUCGCCGCAAGAAGGUCUGGUGAAGGCACGGGAGAUUGGCUUCCCCGUGAUGAUCAAGGCCUCCGAGGGUGGCGGUGGUAAGGGUAUCCGCAAGGUGGAGAAGGAGGAGGACUUUGAGACCCUGUACAAUGCCGCCGCCAACGAGAUCCCCGGUUCUCCCAUCUUCAUCAUGAAGCUUGCGGGUAAUGCCCGCCACUUGGAGGUCCAGCUGCUGGCCGAUCAGUACGGUAACAAUAUCUCCCUCUUCGGUCGUGAUUGUUCCGUCCAGCGUCGUCACCAGAAGAUUAUUGAGGAGGCUCCCGUCACCAUCGCCAAGCCCAUCACCUUCCAAGCCAUGGAGAAGGCCGCCGUCAGCCUGGGUCGCCUGGUGGGUUACGUCUCGGCCGGUACUGUCGAGUACCUGUACUCGCACGCCGAUGACAAGUUCUACUUCCUCGAGUUGAACCCCCGUCUCCAGGUCGAGCAUCCGACGACCGAGAUGGUUUCGGGCGUCAACCUGCCCGCCGCCCAGCUGCAGAUCGCCAUGGGUAUCCCUCUGCACCAGAUCCGUGACAUUCGUUUGUUGUACGGUGUCGACCCCAACACCUCCUCCGAGAUCGACUUUGAUUUCUCCAGCGAGGAGAGCUUCCAGACCCAGCGCCGUCCCCAGCCCAAGGGCCACACCACCGCGUGCCGUAUCACCUCGGAGGAUCCCGGCGAGGGCUUCAAGCCGUCCAGUGGUACCAUGCACGAGUUGAACUUCCGUUCCUCGUCCAAUGUGUGGGGAUAUUUCUCCGUCGGUACCGCUGGUGGUAUCCACAGCUUCUCGGACAGUCAGUUCGGUCACAUCUUCGCCUAUGGUGAGAAUCGAUCUGCCUCCCGGAAGCACAUGGUUGUCGCCUUGAAGGAGCUGAGCAUUCGUGGUGAUUUCCGCACCACGGUGGAGUAUCUGAUCAAGCUGCUCGAGACACCGGCCUUUGAGGACAACACCAUCACCACCGGAUGGUUGGACCAAUUGAUCUCCAACAAGCUGACUGCGGAGCGCCCGGACUCUAUCGUGGCUGUCAUCUGUGGUGCCGUCACCAAGGCCCACCUGGCGAGCGAGGCCGGCAUUGAGGAGUACCGAAAGGGUCUCGAGAAGGGUCAGGUGCCCUCCAAGGAGAUUCUGAAGACGGUCUUCCCCGUGGAUUUCAUCUACGAGGGCUACCGCUACAAGUUCACCGCCACCCGGGCCGGCCUGGAUAGCUACCACUUGUUCAUCAACGGCUCCAAGUGCUCUGUGGGUGUCCGUGCCCUGGCAGACGGUGGACUGCUGAUCCUGCUGAACGGCCGCAGUCACAACAUCUACUGGAAGGAGGAGGCCGCCGCGACUCGCCUGAGUGUCGAUGGCAAGACCUGUCUUCUGGAGCAGGAGAACGACCCCACUCAGCUGCGAUCCCCCUCUCCCGGUAAGCUGGUCAAGUUCACCGUAGAGAACGGCGAGCACGUUCGUGCCGGUCAGCCGUACGCCGAGGUUGAGGUCAUGAAGAUGUACAUGCCACUCAUCGCCCAGGAGGACGGUAUUGUGCAGUUGAUCAAGCAGCCCGGCGCCACCCUGGAGGCUGGUGAUAUUCUUGGUAUUCUGGCUUUGGAUGACCCCUCUCGCGUCAAGCACGCACAGCCCUUCACGGGCCAGCUGCCCGAGCUUGGCCCAGCCGUCGUCGUCGGUUCCAAACCCGCCCAGCGCUUCACGCUCCUGCACACCAUCCUGGAGAACAUUCUCCGUGGAUUCGACAACCAGGUCAUCAUGGGCACCACCCUGAAGGAGCUCGUGGAGGUUCCGCGCAACCCCGAGCUGCCAUACGGCGAGUGGAACGCUCAAUCCUCCGCUCUGCUCUCUCGCAUGCCCCAAAAGCUUGAUGCUCAGCUGCAGACCAUCGUGGACAAGGCCAAGUCGCGCAAGGCUGAGUUCCCUGCGAAGCAGCUUCAGAAGACCAUUGCUCGCUUCAUUGAGGAGAACGUCAACCCCGCGGAUGCGGACAUUCUCAAGACCACUCUCCUGCCCUUGGACCACGUCAUCACGAAAUACCUGGAUGGUCUCAAGAUCAACGAGUACAAUGUCUUCAUUGGUCUGCUUGAGCAGUACUAUCAGGUCGAGAAGCUUUUCAGCACGGGCACCAAGCGGGACGAGGAUGUGAUUCUGAAGCUCCGUGAGGAGAACAAGGAGGACAUUGUCCCCGUCAUCCACACUGUCCUCUCUCACAGCCGCAUUGGCUCCAAGAACAACCUCGUUCUCGCCAUCUUGGACAUGUACCGUCCCAACCAACCUCACGUGGAGAAUGUCGGCAAGUACUUCAAGAAUAUUCUUAAGAAGCUCACCGAGCUCGAGGCUCGUGCAGCGGCCAAGGUCACCCUCAAGGCUCGUGAGGUUCUGAUCCAGUGCGCCCUGCCUUCGCUUGAGGAGCGUCUGUCCCAGAUGGAGCAUAUUCUCCGUUCCUCGGUCAUUGAGUCUCGCUAUGGUGAAACUGGCUGGGAGCACCGCGAGCCCGAUUUGAAUGUCCUCAAGGAUGUCGUAGACUCCAAGUACACCGUCUUUGACGUGUUGCCGCGUUUCUUCAUUCACUCUGAUGCGUGGGUCACUCUCGCUGCCCUGGAGGUCUACGUCCGCCGUGCGUACCGUGCCUACACCCUCAAGAGCAUCGACUACUCUGCCGGUGCCGAGCCCCCUAUGCUCACUUGGGACUUUACGCUGGGCAAGCUUGGCCAGCCCGAGUUCGGCUCUGUCUCUUCGACUCAGCCCUCGACACCCAGCACUCCCACGGCCGAGUCCAACAACCCCUUCAAACGGAUCAACUCUAUCAGCGACAUGUCCUACCUCGUCAACGAUCCUUCGAGUGAUCCUAUUCGCAAGGGUGCGAUCAUUCCUAUUCAAUACCUCGAAGACGCCGAGGAGUAUCUCACUCGGGCUCUGGAAGCCUUCCCUCGCGCCGGAUCCAAGAGCAAGCGCGCCGGAGAGGGUGGUUUGAUUGCCAACCUCGAGGGCAAGCGCCGUCCUGUGGUCAAGACCGAGAGUGAUGAGCUGACUGGUGUGUUGAACAUCGCCAUUCGUGACAUUGAGGAUCAGGAUGACUCUCAGAUCGUGGGCCAGAUGCAGAAGCUCCUCGCUGAUGCCAAGGAUGAGCUUCUGGCCCGUCGCAUUCGUCGUGUCACUUUCAUCUGCGGCAAGAACGGUGUCUACCCUGGAUACUUCACCUUCCGUGGCCCCACCUAUGAGGAGGAUGAGAGUAUCCGCCAUAGCGAACCCGCUCUGGCCUUCCAGCUGGAACUGGGCCGUCUGUCCAAGUUCAGGAUCAAGCCCGUCUUCACCGAGAACCGCAACAUCCACGUCUACGAAGCCAUUGGCAAGGGUCCCGAGAACGACAAGGCCGUCGACAAGCGCUACUUCGUUCGCGCUGUCGUGCGUCCCGGUCGUCUUCGUGACGACAUUCCUACCGCCGAGUACUUGAUUUCGGAGGCUGAUCGUCUGAUGAACGACAUCUUGGAUGCUCUGGAGAUCAUUGGCAACAACAACUCUGAUCUGAACCACAUCUUCAUCAACUUCUCUCCUGUCUUCAACUUGCAGCCUAUUGAUGUCGAACAGGCCCUUGCUGGCUUCCUGGACCGCUUCGGUCGCCGUCUCUGGCGCCUGCGUGUCACCGGCGCUGAGAUCCGCAUUCUGUGCACCGACCCUACUACGGGCAUGCCUUACCCUCUCCGCGUGAUCAUCAGCAACACGUACGGUUUCAUCAUCCAGGUUGAGUUGUACAUUGAGCGCAAGUCCGAGAAGGGCGAGUGGAUCUUCCAGAGCAUUGGUGGAACCAACAAGCUCGGCUCCAUGCACAUGCGUCCUGUUUCCACUCCCUACCCGACCAAGGAGUGGCUUCAGCCUAAGCGUUACAAGGCUCAUCUGAUGGGAACUCAGUACGUGUACGACUUCCCCGAGCUCUUCCGCCAGGCCUUCCAGAACAGCUGGACCAAGGCGCUUGAGACCAUCCCUUCGCUGGCCUCGCAACGCCCGCCUAUUGGAGAGUGCAUCGACUACAGUGAACUGGUCCUGGAUGACACCGAUAACUUGGUGGAAGUCUCUCGUGAACCCGGUACCAACACUCACGGUAUGGUCGGCUGGAUCGUGACCGCUCGUACUCCCGAGUACCCUCGCGGCCGUCGCUUCAUCAUCAUCGCCAACGACAUCACUUUCCAGAUUGGUUCUUUCGGACCCCAGGAGGACAAGUUCUUCCACAAGUGCACUGAGCUUGCGCGCAAACUUGGUAUUCCUCGUAUCUACCUGUCUGCCAACUCUGGUGCUCGUAUCGGUAUGGCUGACGAGUUGAUCCCCUACUUCUCCGUUGCCUGGAACGACGCCUCCAAGCCCGAGGCUGGGUUCAAGUAUCUAUACCUCACCCCCGAGGUCAAGAAGCGCUUCGAUGCUAGCAAGAAGAAGGAGGUCAUUACUGAGCUCAUCCAGGAUGAGGGCGAGGAGCGUCACAAGAUCACCACCAUCAUUGGUGCCAAGGAUGGUCUGGGCGUUGAGUGUCUGAAGGGCUCUGGUUUGAUCGCUGGUGCCACUUCCAAGGCCUACGAGGACAUUUUCACCAUCACCCUGGUGACCUGCCGUUCCGUCGGUAUCGGCGCCUACCUUGUCCGUCUUGGUCAGCGUGCUAUUCAGGUCGAGGGCCAGCCUAUCAUUUUGACUGGUGCCCCGGCUAUCAACAAGCUGCUUGGCCGUGAGGUCUACACUUCCAACUUGCAGCUGGGUGGCACUCAGAUCAUGUACAACAACGGUGUCUCUCACAUGACCGCAAACGAUGACUUUGAGGGCGUCUCCAAGAUCGUUGACUGGAUGAGCUUCGUUCCUGAUAAGAAGGGUGCCCCCAUUCCCAUCCGGGCUUGGUCCGAUAACUGGGACCGUGACGUGGCCUACUACCCUCCUGCCAAGCAGGCCUACGACCCGCGCUGGUUGAUCGCCGGUAAGCAGGAGGAGGACGGCUUCCUGCCGGGUCUCUUCGACAAGGACUCCUUCGAGGAGGCUCUUGGCGGCUGGGCUCGUACCGUUGUUGUUGGCCGCGCUCGCCUUGGUGGUAUCCCCAUGGGUGUCAUCGCUGUCGAGACCCGUGCCGUUGAGAACGUCACUCCGGCUGAUCCUGCCAACCCCGACUCCAUGGAGAUGAUCUCGCAGGAGGCUGGUGGUGUCUGGUACCCCAACUCGGCGUUCAAGACCGCGCAGGCGCUCCGUGACUUCAACAACGGUGAACAGCUGCCCGUCAUGAUCUUGGCCAACUGGCGUGGUUUCUCGGGCGGUCAACGCGAUAUGUACAACGAGGUCCUCAAGUACGGAUCCUACAUUGUCGACGCCCUCGUCAAGUACGAGCAGCCCGUCUUUGUGUACAUCCCGCCCUUCGGUGAGCUGCGUGGUGGUUCUUGGGUCGUCGUCGACCCGACCAUCAACCCCGAGCAGAUGGAGAUGUAUGCGGACGAGGAUGCCCGUGGUGGCGUUCUCGAGCCCGAGGGCAUUGUCAACAUCAAGUACCGUCGCGACAAGCAGCUUGACACCAUGGCUCGUCUGGACGCCACUUAUGGUGAGCUCCGCCGGGCGCUCGCGGACACUUCGCUCUCCAAAGAGAAACUGUCUGAGAUCAAGGCCCGGAUGGCCGAGCGCGAGGAGCAGCUGCUCCCCGUGUAUAUGCAGAUCGCCCUUCAGUUCGCUGACCUGCACGACCGUGCCGGCCGCAUGCAAGCAAAGAACACCAUUCGUGGUGCCAUGCGCUGGCAGAACGCCCGUCGCUUCUUCUACUGGCGCCUGCGUCGUCGUUUGAGCGAGGAGCUGAUUGUCAAGCGUAUGGUCGCUGCCUCUCCCAACCUUUCUCCUCGCGAUGGUGCCAUUCCUUCUUCCACGGCCUCGGCUGCUGAGACUCCUUUGCCUCCCGCCGAGUCUCCCCGCGCUGUGCACCUCCGCAACCUGCACGCGUGGACUGGCCUCUUGGAUGAGGAGCUGGAGCACGAUGACCGCAAGGUUGCCAUGUGGUACGAGGAAAACAAGAAGGCUGUUCAGGCCAAGGUCGAGGCUCUCCGAACGGAGGGUGUCGCAGCCGAGGUUGCCUCUCUUCUGAUCGGUAACAAGGACGGUGGCCUACGUGGUGUGCAACAGGUGCUGUCAAUGCUGCCCGUUGAGGAGCGGGAGAGCGUGCUCAAGUACCUGUCCUCCGCCUGA